AUGCGGCUAUAUCGUUUGCGAUUUUUGUGUGGUGAUGCUAGGCGCCGUAGCUUAGAGAUUGGAUUAAAAUUUGGCCUUCAAGUUACUAGUAUAGGAAAUGGACACGACUUCUUGGCAGUUGAAGGCCGGAUUGUCUUCAUAUUCACGCAAGUGGAUGGUUUGUCACAUGACACGCUUGCUGAAAUAAUAUUUCACGAAGGAGCUUUGAAAUCUUUUAUUUCAAAAAUCGAAAUGAAUGGUAUUGCCGUGUGUCGAACCAGUGGUGAUGGAAGAGAGAGUGUAACUAUUAGUUGUCCAGUUGGAAAUUUACAGUUUACGUUUACUCAGUGCAGUGACCACUGUUGUCAGUGUCUGAAAUCGCCAGUUUCUGAGAAAUACAUCCAAGUCGACCAUAUUACCGUAGCUGUAGAUCCCGGAACCUCUACAUCGGUUUUGGAAUGGUUUGAAAAGUGUUUGAAUUUCAAACGAUUUCGAAUUAAUUCAGUGGAAACGGAUGAAGGUCUUUCAAUGUUUACUGCAGAUACGGGACUUAACCUACUGGCUUUACAAUAUCGGCAUUGCAGUGAGGUUGGGCUUCAGUGUCCCCUAACAAGUGAGGACAGUUGUGAUGUCAAAUUUGUGAUUGCUGAACCUCUGUCAGGAAGCGGACCAAACCAAGUGGCCACUUUUUUGCAGCAACAUAGAGGACCAGGAGUACAGCACAUUGGGCUUCUCACGACAAACAUAUUUAAAGCUAUGGAUCAGUUGAGGACAACAGGAGUGGAUUUCAUACAACCUCCUACAGAGUACUAUGAACUGGUUAGCAAAUUACAAGACAUUGAAUCUGUUGGAGAAAGCGUAAGAGGUCUUCAAACUCGCGGUAUUCUCCUAGAUACGGGAGCAGAUGCUGAAAAGAACUCAUCGAAUCAAAGGCGCUACUUGAUGCAGUCAUUUACCAAACCUCUAUUUGAUCAAGAUACUUUCUUCAUAGAAAUCAUCCAACGUUGUGGAGCCACUGGGUUUGGAACAGGCAACAUUAAAGCCUUGUGGGAAGCGCUUGCACUACACAUGGAGCGAAUAAGUACUGCAGUUUGAAACAAAAUCUCUGAUUAAGCUGUAAACAUUAAGUUUGAACUGGCAUAUAUGUAUCUGAUAGUUAAAUCAACGUGCAAUUCACAGAACAUUUGAUCUUAUGAGCAGUUCAAUGACAUUGGUAUUUCUCUACCAGGCUGUUCAUAGUUUAUACACAUCUAGGUUUACCGAAGUGACCAUUGCUUGCUGAAAUACUGGAUAUUAGCACUGCACACAU